CUAAAUGAUUUUGAUUUUAUUACUUCAUUUAGCUUAGGGAUAUAUAACUUAUAACCAGGGUACAUUUAGAUCCUUUAAUGUUGCAAACAAAGGAUUUAUCUGCUUUAGAGAUUAUGAAAGGACCUAAACUGUAAGAUUUUCGGAUUCAUUUAACAGAAUUCCAAAAGUAAUACUCAUUCCUGAAUUAUUUGAUAUUCCGACAUCUACAAUUGAUUACUAAUUAGAAAUUAUGGCUAUUACAGAAAGGAGUAAUUUGAACAUUUUUAUUAGACUUUAAUCUUAGAAUUAAAUGUACGGUAGGAUAAGUGAAUGGAAUUCAUUAUCGGUGGCUUGCAAUUGAUGAUACUAGAAUAUAGGUUUUUAGCUAGUUCAAUAUAAAAGACUUUCAGGAUAUAAGUUUUGAUCUUGAGAAUCCUAAUACUCAAUAAUAUUUUAUCUCACUAAUAUCUAUAUCAUCUACAGGAGCAGCUGAUGUUGAAGUCAAAGUAAUAUUCAUAAGAUAAUUAGGUUACUGAAAUUACAGAAAACAAGGUCACAGUUAAAAUCACUGAUAGAGCGGGAACACUCAUAAGUUUAGGAUAUCAGGUUAUUCUUGGAAUAGACAAUAUGUUGGAAUAAUAAAAUAUGCAAUAAUCAAAUAUAAACGGUGCAUUUGUUGGCUCAAAAUUACCUUUAAGUUAUGAAUAGUGGUUCAUUGUACCAUAUUCACGAAUUGCGUAUGACCAAAUAAAUCUUCUGAGGUAUAGAACAAUCUUUCAUAAGGAUUCGAACUCCUAAUGGUAUGAAAUGACAGCAAGUAGAUUUUAUUAUAAAAUUAGUCGGGUGUUGUUGCAAUAUAGAAUAAAGCCAUUUACCUAUUAGUAUAGAUUAUCAAUCUACUUACUUUUUUACACAAUACAAAUUUGGCCAGGUUUAAGUUAAAUCUUUAGUAGAUAGCUAAACUAAUUAUAUAAAUUCUUUUAAAGCCUAAUUGCAAGGGAAUAAUAAUGAAAUUACUGCUCUAGGAGAAUCAUAUUACAAUAUUCACAAAAACAAUAAAUCGUCCUUUCUAAAUAUUUAUGUGAAAUGCAGUUUAAAUGAAGUUCUCUCAUUAGAGUUCUAGCAUGGUUCUGGCUUAAAUGUUAAUUCUAAGCAUCUUCAACACAAGUGCAAUGGAAUAUUCAAAGAGAUUAUAUAUACUGUAGAGCUUGUACAAACAUUGAGUGCCUAUCAAAAAAUAUUAGUCAACAUAGCAGAUGAUAAAUGUGAGAUUUCUUAAGUACUUUCCAAUUAAGUAGUACAAAUAGUAAAAUUAUUUGAAAUUAAGAAAACAAUAAUUUGA